AUGAUACCCGGAGGCGCGGGCAGUGCCUUAGAGCCUGCGUACCCCAUACGUAGAGUGGCACGCCCAUACGUGGGCUCCGUGCCCGCUAGCAGCGCACCCGGAAUGUUCUCUUCGUAUACUGGCAAGUCUACCUUUAGUUCAGGCAUUGGAGAGGGCGGGAUCGCCGGCGGUGGCGGAGACGCGCGAGUCGAUUCAGCGGAAAGCUCUCCUACAGAGAAUGAGGCGUUUACCAAGGAGGAUCGGAUGUUGCUUCGGCUGCUCUACCACCAACAGCAAGCCAUACAGGUGCAGUUGAACACCAUGACGGAGUGGAUGCAGCAGGUGAGCUAUCGUAUCGCCUCUCUCGAGCGGCUUUUCCGCCACGCGCGCUCCGCCCCGGCUGUCGGAGUGACCUCUAGCCUUACCGCGAGUGGCGGCGGCGGUGCCUCCACGUUAUCCGUGAGCGCAGCACUGCCACCGUCUCGCAGCGCCUCCGCAGCCGAGGGCUUGGGUUCCGUGGAGGCUCAACUUCAAGGAGCACAGCUCUACUCUUCUUCUCCGGCGCUUAGCGUGAGAGACGCGCCUCGGCCGCAACCGGGCUCUGCGCCAGUGAGUGUCUACCGCGGACAAGGCCUUCACCAGCACGUGGCCACGAGUGCGCCGCCGAUGUCAAGCGUACUGGAAAGCUCCUGCGCCUGCACCCCGCCAUCUGAGCAGACGAGGCACCAGACCGGUGGGGCGGGCGGUGGCAGCACCGUACUGAGCACUACCCGUUCCUUCGAAUCCGCUAUGGCACAGCCCUGGGACCCACACAACACCUCUCUGCAGUCUGGUAGUGGUGAGGCAGCUCACAGCCGCACCUCCUCGCACACGAGCGCGUUGGGUCGUCGUGCGAACCCUCUCUUGAGCUCGUCCACCAUCAUGAGCAAGCUACCCACCUCCACCUCGCGGUCAAACUGGGGUGACCUCAAGCAGCUGUCCCGGCUGGACGCGUCUGUUCCCAGUGGCACAGCGCAAACAUCCUUCUCCAGCGGGCUCACCUCGCUCGACACCCAACAGCCGCCAUCCUCACAGCAGCAGCAGCAGAGUCGCCAGCCGCCCGUUGUCAGCCCACCUACCGCCGUAGCCGUUCCGUACGCAUCGUCCUCUUUGUACACGUCAGCUGACGCCGUUGUCCCGCCGUACCGCCGGAUGCCACCAGAGCCGACGACGCGUCAACCCCUUAGUCGUGCUGCUGCUGCGACCGUAAUGUCUACCACCACGGCCAGCCGCGCAACUCCCUUCUCCAGUAAUACGGCGGAGGCGUUGCUGACAAGGCCGGGCCGGGAGGGGACGCUGCCGCCUGCGCAGAAUAGCAGCAUGACAACGAGCAGCAACCACGACAACGGACGUGGGCGCGCCGACACGGAGACUACAGCUGCAGGGGGGUCGCGGGAGGUGAGGGUCACCCACAGUGGCGCUGUCGCUAGCCAUCGAGACCUGAGCGCGGCCACCGAUCCCGCAGGUGGGACUGAUCAAGCCACUCGCCUGCAUGCUGAGGAGACGCGUGUGCCCCCUGCGUCGAACGACGACUCGCUCAGCGAUGGUUAUGGGAGCUAUGAGUCUCGCAUGUACAUGAAGAACUUGGGGCUUCUGUAG